CACCCGCUUAUUCCCAGCUCCCUUAAUCUAAUCGUACCACUAUCCGGAUCAUUUCCGAUCGGAUGAAUUAUUGAGCACUGUCGCUGCCGCUGGCCUCUUCCAGCCUAGCUCAGCUCAGCUCGGCUCACGUCCCGUCCAACUCACGCCACCCCACCACUGCCCGCCUUUCCCCGCCGAAAGGGACCUUCGCCGGCCGUCCGGCCCCACCCACGGCGGCCGCGCUGACGCCGCCGGCGGCGGGGGCCGGGAUCCGGGGCUGGGGAUCGGAUCCCGCGGGGCACAUACAUGCUGCCCCCAUGGACCAGCUCGCGGACCCCUCCCCCUCCUCGUCGUCCUGCUCCCCGCAGGAGUCGCGGCGGUCGGUGAAGCGGAGGCCGCCGCCCGCGGGGUCCCCGGAGCCGUCGCCGAGGGCGGCUGCGGGCGCGGCGGAGCUGCUCCGGCGGGUGGAGGAGCUGGAGGCGGCCGCGGCGCGGCUGGCGAUGGAGAAGGAGGCGGCCGAGGAGUCGGCGCUGGGCCUGCAGGGCGAGCUGGAGGCGGAGCGGGCCUCGGCCGAGACGGCGGCCAGCGAGGCCAUGCUCAUGAUCGAGCGCCUGCAGCGGGAGAAGGCCGCGGCCCAGAUGGAGGCCCGCCAGUUCCGCCGCUACGCCGAGGGCCGCGCCGACCACGAGCGCGAGGUGCAGGAGGAGCUCGCCUCCCUCUCAGACCUCGCCGCAUCCUACCACUCGCGGCUCCAGUCCCACGGGAUCGACCCCGACACCUUCUCCGACGAGGAGGACGAGGAGCUCUACGAGGAGCAGCGCGGGCACGCGGACCAGAUCGACCUGGUCGCGCCCGAGGCAGAGGGGGGCGGCGCCGACUUGUUAGUCAGUGCUGGCAUGGAGGUGAAAGCCAUGGUCGAGGAGGAAGAGCAAGAGCAGUCCACUGCCCCUGUAGAGAAAGAGUUCGAGUACACGGUGGAUGUUAGGUGCGCGAGCCCGACGAUGGCGGCGGUGGCCGUGGUGGGGGAGUACGUGGGCGAGGUAGCCGGCAAUGCAGGGGGCUUAUAUGCGAGGGUGGAGGCGCUGGAGGCAGACAGAGCGGCAAUGCAUAGAGAGAUUGCGGCGCUGCGGGCGGAGAGAGCACAGUUGGUCAUGGCGAGGGAGAUGGCUCGUCGACUCUGCUGGGAAGUGGUCUCUGAGAGGAAAAGCAUUGUUAAGAAGGCUGUUGUCCCGGCGAAGAGAUUCUCGGCGUUAGGAAUUUGCAAGUGGUUGCUCUCCGUAAUCUUUUGGAGAAGAAGCUCUACUACCAGGUAUACCUUCGGCUUGUCAACUACGUUCCUUGGCCUCCUGCUGCUCCUCGACAGAUCCACCACGUUGAGUCCAUGGCGGCGCCUGCAUAGGCCACAGCAAUGACCACGGCCUCCGCCAUCCCACAGCCAAACACAUGUAAAUGCAGAACUUCAGACGAUUGGUUACCACUCUGUUUUGCGCGUGCAUUGCAUUCUUUGAUGAUGUGUUUCUUUUUCGUUUUGGCUGAGUACAGCGCAGUAUUGGCGAUGUAAGUUUUGGCUUUCAAGCUUCGAGCUUGCUGUAUAGUGUGUUAUUGAGACUACUAGGCUUGCAUAGCUUGUAAUCUGGAGCUAACUGACGUGCGGUGAGUUGUGGAAUCUCUGAUGUUUCCAGUGC